UAUGUUUCUUUACUUCUUGGAAAAACUCUAAGUACUUUAUUCAAGCCACGCAUUAACAAGUUAUACCAACGAAAAAUCAGCAUUCUCUAGAAUGGAUGAGAGAAUUGUAAGGAUGAAGCAAGUUGCUGAAAAAGGAAAUAUUGAUGGCUUUUACAACUUAAUUCAGGAGGAUGUGAAAUAUUUAGAGUACAUCGAUGAGUUUCCAUUUGUUGAUACUCCUUUACACACAGCUGCAUCUGCAGGGAACAUCCCCGUUGCUAUGGAGAUAAUGAGAUUAAAGCCCUCAUUUGCUAGGAAACCAAAUCCAAAUGGGUUUAGCCCCAUUGACCUUGCUCUACAAAAUGGGCAUUCCGAGAUGGUGCAUCAGCUUCUACAUGUUGAUCAAGACCUUGUCCGUGUUAGAGGCAGGGGGAAUAUGACUCCUUUGCAUCAUGCAGCAAAAAGAAAUGAUCAACUUGAUCUAUUGAAUGAAUUUAUGUCAAUCUGUCCAGAUUCUAUUACAGAUGUGACAGCACAAAAUGAGACUGUUUUACAUAUUGCACUUAAAAAUGACAGUAUCGAGUCUUUUAAAACCUUGGUGGGAUGGCUCGCCAGCAAUUGGUCCCAAAAUGCCUUAGAUUAUGAGAGGAAAAUCUUGAACUGGAAGGAUGAGAAAGGCAACACCGUGCUGCACAUUGCAAUAUCCAAAAAUCAAACUCAGGCUGUGAGGCACUUGUUCGCUUGGAGUAGUGAGGUUGAUGUAAAAAUUAAGAAUAAAGAGGAUAAAAUAGCAUGGGACAUCUUGCAAACACAAACACAAACAAGCAACAGCGAGAUGAGGAAGAUGCUAAUCCGUGUCGGAGCUUCAAAGGGUUCAUCUAUUACUCCAGAUAGUUCUUAUGCAUAUUACCUAAGGCCACCCAAAUGCAGACGUCUUGAAAAAAUUCGAACCAAGUAUGCUCGUCAAAUGACGACAAUAUCAGACUCUAAGCGCAAUGCGCUUCUGGUGGUUGCUACACUGCUUAUAACAGUCACCUAUCAAGCAGCACUCAACCCUCCUGGAGGACUUAAACCAGAUAAGGAUUCUGAUGACGCCCCUUACGCUAUAUCUUCAUGGGUUAGUAAUAGUCAGGCUCGUGGACCUAGUCAGGUUAAUGGAGCUACUGGUCAGGCUUAUAUGAUAUCUAUAGCCAAUCUUGUGAACACAAUCCCCUUUUCGGUGUUCUUGUUUGCUAAUUCUGUGACAUUUCUUAUCUCAAACUCAGUAACUAUUCUCCUCAUUCCAGACGGGUACAUUGGUUGGAUGUUAUCUGGAACUCAAGCCUUCCUCUGGGCUUGCUAUAUUGUGUCCUUCGAGGCCAUAACCGGCUAUCCAUGGUCUUGGAUUAUUCUAGUUUCUAUUGUUACAGUGCUUUAUCUGAUCCUACUACAUGCCUUUUCUGUUUGGACAAGAAUAAGAAGAAGGCGUCAUGGUCAAGGCCCAUGUGGUUUGCCGAAUCCUUUACAGGGAAAAAAAAAAAGCCAAGCUUGGAGGCUGGAGUUGCGUGUAGAGUCAUCACCAACUCUACAGCAUUAG